AUGCCGUAUGUGCAGCACGAGCAUUUCAGAGUGUACUGCCGGCAGGCUGUUAGUGGUGUGUCGCUGAGCAGCGGCAGCAUGGAGGGAUACAUAGCUCCUGCCCUCUGUGCCACAGCCAGGACUUGGCUUUGGAAAGCUGUUGGCAUCUUGCAAGGGCAGGAAUGUUUUGUGUGCCCGAGCACCAGAGGGAGUGAAGCCGAUUUUAGCUCUUCAAGCAGCACAGGCAGUAUUUCAGCUCCUGAAGUCCAUAUGUCCGCUGCUGGAAGCAAAAGAUCUUCUUUUUCUCGCAAUCGUGGCCCUUAUGGUCGGAAUAAUGGAUCCUUAUCCUACAAGUCUGGAGCCAGCCCACCUGCUUCCCAUGAAAAGGACCUUUUGUCAACACUGUGCAAAAACCAGCUGAGUCCUGCUAACAUCCAUCAGAGUUACAGGGCUUCUUCAGCCAGCAGCAGCAACUCAGGCUCAUACAAAGGGAGCGACAGCAGCCCAGUGAUGAGGCGAUCAGGGAGAUACAUUUCUUGUGGUGACAAUCACAGCAUUAAGCCACAAAAUCCAGAGCAGUAUUUGACUCCUUUGCAGCAGAAAGAAGUUACAGUACGGCAUUUGAAAACAAAGCUGAAGGAAUCUGAGAGCAAACUUAAAGAAAGGGAAACAGAAAUAGAAGAGCUCAAAGCUCAGCUGGGACGGAUGAGGGAAGACUGGAUUGAAGAAGAGUGUAAUCGUGUGGAGGCAGAGCUGGCCUUAAAGGAAGCAAGAAGCGAAAUUAAACAACUCAAGCAGGUUAUUGAAACCAUGAAAAACAGCUUGGCUGAGAAAGACAAAAAAAUUCAGAAAUAUUUCAUAGACAUAAACAUUCAAAACAAGAAACUGGAAUCUUUGCUGCAGAGCAUGGAGAUGGCUCAGAACAGCUCUAUGAGAGAUGAGCACUGCCUGGAGUACACGUGUGACUCGGAGGGGAAGCCGUUAGCGUUGUGUGCCACGAUGCCAGACAGCCUCAGCACAGAGGACCAAGCUCUGGAGGAGGUGGCAGAUAGUGGGCUACUUCUUAGUGAGGACACAGAUAACAGGACUGAUUCAUCUGAAGAGAGUUUGACCACCACAACCUCCGAGUUGAGUGAUCCAGCUCCCCACAGUUCUGCUGUGAAUAAAGAGAUGCUUGAUGAAAAACUAACUUCUUCCCAGGAGGAGGAGAAAAGCAGCAACAUGAUGGUGGAACAGGCCGUCCAGACUGAUGUGGUGCCAUAUAGCCUAGAUGUGGAGCAGCUCAUUCAAAACAUCUUCAGAGCUCAAGAUGCCUGUCCUCUAAGCCCACCUUCUUCACUGAAGGAAUUGGGUGAAUUUUCUCUUGGAAGCUUCAGUGAUUCUGGUGUCAUAGUGGACUUAACUCCAAGCGAUCCCAACUCUGCCAUCCUUUUGUCUCCUGUGGAGUCUCCAUGCAGGAAGGUGGAGCACGGAGUUAAUGAAAACCGUUUCAUGAAAGAACUUGAUUUUACAGAAUCUCAUGAUGAGGAAGCCUUUGGGUAUGUCAACACUUUCUCUCAGACAGGAAUAAAAAGGAGAUACUGGAGCAGCAGUCUUCUCAAAGAUGUUCUGGCUGUAGCAGCCCCUGUUGUACCAACUAUCAUGUGGGCUUUCAGUACUCAGAGAGGAGGAACAGAUCCCAUUUAUAAUAUUGGAGCAUUGCUCCGUGGUUGCUGCCUGGUGGCCCUGCACUCUUUACGCCGUACACCCUUCAAUAUCAAAACCUAAAUUCCACUCUGUCCCUGGGCACCAAAUGGCUGAGGCAGAGAGAAGGAGGGAUGAGAGAGAUCAUAAAAAGUUAAUGUAUAUCCUGGCAGAGUCCAUCAUUUUGCUUUUGACUAUUUGAUUUGCACUAUAAAUCAGUUCGAAAACAUGUUUCUUGUGUCAAAAUUAAAAA